GCGCGAGAGCCCCAGUUUUGGCGGGAGGGGCGCGAGCCGCGCUCGGGCCGAAGCUGACGCCAGUUUCCGCGCUGGGAGGCUCCGUCUGGGGCCAAGCUAAGCCUCUGCCCCGCCCGGGAAGGAAGAGAGCAGGACUUCUUGAGAGGAAAUGCCAAGGGUCUUGAGUUAGCCUUGUCGGGAGGAGGAGGAGGAGGAGGAGAGGGGCGUUUAAGCUCUUUAUUACUCGGAGGAAGAGAGCUUGGCAGAUGUCCCAAGCGAGAGAACCUCUUCCUUCAGGGCCUGAAGGGCCAGAGCGCGCAGCUCCGGCUGAAAACAGCUUUUUGAUCUCGCUCCCUCGAGAAAAAUGUGAUAGAGGAAGAACAGCGCUAGGAGAGAGAGAGAUCAGAGAACCUUCAAAUAACCCAAAUAUACAAGUAGAUACAGAGGACCAGCCUGUCUGGGGGAAUUGCACUGGUGAUGACCUCAUCAGAACACAACCUCAGCGUUUGCCACAACCAAAUGCUUCACCACUGGAAAAGUGUAAGGAAGAAACAGGCAAAAUACAAAUACAAAAUGGCCAUACUGGGCUGAAUAAUGCAAGUGGGAUGCACAAUGGAGUCAAGUGUGGGGCACCAGAUAACAGAAAGUUCUCGGCACCUGUUUCCCAAAAAAUGCACAGAAAAAUUCAGUCCAGCUUGUCUGUCAACAGUGGAAGCAGCAAGAAGAGCUCUGCAUACUCUCACAAGCCAGGCUCUUCACCCGAAGAUUGCUGUGUUCACUGUAUCUUGUCCUGCUUGUUCUGCGAAUUCGUCACCCUCUGUAGCCUUGUCCUGGGACAAGCGUCAUGUGGGGUCUGCCCAGUAGAAGCCUGCUGUUGCUGCUGUGGAGAAGAAAUGGGAGAUGACUGCAACUGCCCGUGUGAUAUGGACUGUGGCAUAAUGGAUGCCUGUUGUGAAUCAUCAGACUGUUUGGAAAUUUGUAUGGAAUGCUGUGGGAUUUGUUUCCCAUCAUGAUAACUUUUUAUCACUUUUUUCUGCUUUCUUAAAAAACAUCAACAACGUAACUGGAGAGGGUUCAAGUUUUUGUGUGUUUCUCUGAAAUAAAACAACAGCCGCUUUCAAAGGACACAUUUAGACACACUUGCAGCAACCUGGUUUUCUGCACUGUUAACUUGAUUUUAUAAACAAUUGUUGAAGAAAAGCAAACUCAUAAGAACAAAUGCUUGAUGGUCUAAUUUUCUGUAGUGGGUGGUUGACUGCGCAAAGACCUGCUCACGCAGGUAAAACAACCAUUGGUGGUUGUUCCUGGAUAAAGACAAAAGGGUUUUAGCCCUUUGUAGUUUCCUGUUGUGUGCAGGCAGGGGGUUGACAGAGUUUACCACCCCUUCACUAACAAACAAGUUACUAGAAGAGAUAGAAAACAGCAGAGUUGGAACAAAGUAACAACAAUUUCAUGAGGGCUUUCCACUUAAGUGAAUCUCUUGGUGGGAAAUAUUUGUAAUGGGUUUUUUUUAAAAAAAAUAC